CCCUGAUCCCCAAAUCCCAGAGCUCGCCGACGCCAUGUUCCCGUUUUCCCAAGAUGGAUCGUUCCUCUUCACCGGCUCCUUGAAGCCCCCCGUCCUACUACAACCCGCUGCCGCUGCCGCCACCUCCUCCGGGUCUCUCGCCUGCUGGGCCAUCCUCGACGCGGCAGCCUACAUCGCCGACCGCAAGAACGGCACGUACGCCGAGACGACCACGCGCACGGGGCAGGUCCUGGGCGUCUCCUUCUGGCUCGCCGACCCGCCGGCCGUCUCCCACCUGUGCGUCCACUGCCCGGGCAUGAACGUGGCCAAAUUCCUCGAUGAGCCUCUCGUCGUCUGCUCCGGCAAGGACGUCGCCGUCAUCCGCGUCGCCUACGCCUUCGGCGCCAGGCCCAUCGAGAGCACGGACGAUUGGGGGAUCACCGACCUCGACUACCUCGUCUACAGAGCCGGCCUCGCCACCAGAACCCGUCGCUCGAGCUGCUCCCAAACCCAAAGCCGCUCUUCUUCGAAUCCAAAGAGCGUGACGGAGAACGGGCUCUGCGUUACAUUCAGUUCCCCAACCCGUUGGAUGGUAACAUGGGCAAGCGUCUCAGAAGUUGUCCACGGGCAGUUCGGGAUGUCACCUUCACCAAUGGCUUCAUCAGGCUAAUCGAGAUAGAAGAACUGACCAUACUACCGGUUGCUCCUGAUAACAUGCCAUCCAAUGACCCAAGGAACAGAGUAGCUGCUGCUGCUUCCUUGGAGCUGGAGAACACUACGGCCACCUGCACCACGGAGUCCUACGCACGGGACGGCUGGGCUGCCGUCACAUGGACUCGAAAGGCUGCCUCGGAUGAUCGUUGGAGCAGGGGCUGCGAGGCCUAUGUUAAUGGAAGCUCUAUCUCGCCGGCGUUGAGGCACAGCCACCCAGGUUUAGCAUUGGAAGACCUGGUAGUCGUCUACCCUAUGUGGAGUGCGCAUGGUGAGGAUGGUUUUUAUCUGAUUGGCAAGGAAGAUUUGAAGAACAAAAAUGCAUGGUCGAUCUCAGUCAACAUGAGAGAUAACACGUUGGAUGGGGCGGCCUCCUCCGAAGGAAGAGAUUUUUUCUUCGUGCGAGCGUAUCAGCCCUUUGCCCUAUCCAACUACCUAGAUUUGACUCCAGAUAACUGCAAAGUUGCAGAUGGUUCCCAGAUCCAAGAGAGGGAGGACUCCAUGAAUGACCCAAACAACACUCUGGUCCUUGUGGAGGGGUUAGAUCCCUUGGUUCCUGCGAACCGGCUGAAGGGCAUCCUUGGAAUGUUUGGAGAACUUUGUUAUGUGAAGUUUCAUUUGAAAGAGGGAUACGGUCUAGUCCAAUUUGCCCAAAGAUCUUGUGCUGAGGAAGCCAUCAGGACUCUAAACGGAGUUCAGACUGGUAGGAAGGGUCUCAGUCUUUCAUGGAGCAGUAGCAAACUGAACAAAGAUCCACCCAAGCGGAGGUUAAGUGAGCGUAAUAGCACCAACCACCAUCCAUAUCAACGCCUCCACGGAAUUCACAGUUACAAGAAGAUUGCAGCACGAGGAAAUAAUGAUUAAUGAAUAUACAGCGCCAACCCAUUGCGGCGACCUGAAUUUGUGUUGGCCGCAGCGCCUCUACCUGCUGAGUGGCACUAAUCUACUUAACUUUUGAUGAACUGAUGCUAAAAAAAUUCAGUGACAUGCGAGCCCAACAUGUUUCUUUUGUUUACGCGGUAGCACUGGAUAGUUCUAUCUAGUAGCACUGUUGUGUGCUUGUAUCAUCUUAUUUUUUACUGUUCUAAUCUACCGUGCUGGCCUCUGCUCUUAUUGACAAAUCAGGUAUAUGUGUUUGUGGCAGACUUGCUUGAAUGCAGAAAUAUUUUGGCC